CCGCUGUUCUGCCUUCCCCGCCAUCGGAAACACAACUCUCUAGCUUACACCAUAUCUAUAUACAGUUACACAAAUACACACAUAUACUUUCUGUCUCUUUUAUAUUAUCAAUGGCGCCUCCUGUUCGUAGCUCCGUCGUCAUCGUCGGAGCUGGUAUUUCUGGUAUAUCGGCGGCGAAGGUGUUGGUGGAGAACGGCGUGGAGGAUAUUGUGAUAUUGGAGGCGUCGGAGCGGAUCGGAGGGAGGAUGAGGAAGGAGCAAUUUGGAGGCGUGUCGGUGGAAGUAGGUGCGGGCUGGAUCGUUGGCGUAGGCGGAAAAGAGUCCAAUCCGGUUUGGCAACUUGCCAGUGAAUCGAGCCUUCGGACUUGUUUAUCUGACUAUAGCAAUGCUCGCUACAACAUUUACGAUCAAAGUGGGAAUAUUGUUCCGAGUGGACUCGCAGCCGAGUCGUACAAAAAGGCUGUGGACUCAGCAAUAGAGGUGCUGAAUGACCAAAAGGCCAACCAACAGACUGGUGUCUCCGAACUAUGUCAAACGCCAUCCAGUUCUCCCAGAACGCCAGUAGAGCUAGCCAUUGAUUUUAUCCUUCACGACUUCGAAAUGGCAGAAGUUGAACCAAUAUCGACUUAUGUGGACUUCGGGGAACAAGAAUUACUAGUCGCUGAUGAGCGAGGAUACGAGCAUUUAGUGUACAAGAUCGCCGAAACGUUCCUUCUCUCCUCAGAGGGUGAAAUCCUGGACAAUCGUCUAAAACUCAACAAGGUUGUUAGGGAGUUACAGCAUUCGAGAAAUGGGGUUACUUUAACAACGGAGGACGGAUGCAUUUACGAAGCCAACUAUGUUAUUUUGUCAGUCAGUAUUGGUGUUCUCCAAAGCGAUCUCAUCUCCUUCAGACCACCCUUGCCAAGAUGGAAAAAGGAAGCCAUUCAGAAAUGCGAUGUGAUGGUGUACACGAAGAUCUUCUUAAAAUUUCCAUAUAAAUUCUGGCCAUGUGGAUCUGACAGCGAGUUCUUCAUAUAUGCCCAUGAGCAGAGAGGCUACUACACAUUCUGGCAGCACAUGGAGAAUGCUUACCCAGGAUCCAAUAUUCUUGUUGUAACACUGACAAAUGGCGAAUCUAAACGAGUUGAAGCUCAGUCCGAUCAAGAAACACUGGAUGAAGCCAUGGAGGUGCUGAGAAACAUGUUUGGUCCUGAUAUACCUGAUGCCACUGAUAUACUCGUCCCUCGCUGGUGGAACAAUCGUUUCCAGUGCGGCAGCUACAGCAACUACCCCGUAUAUUUGAAUCACCAAAUUGUUGAUAAUAUUAAGGCACCAGUGGGGAGGAUCUUUUUUUCAGGGGAACACACGAGUGAGAAAUUUAAUGGCUAUGUCCAUGGAGGAUACCUUGCAGGUAUAGACACUGGGAAAGCUUUAGUGGAAGAAAUGGCGAUGAAUGAGCGAGAAGAUGAGAAUCAGACAUUUCUGCUAGAACCCUUAUUGGCAUUGACAUUGACUCAGACAGAUGCAGUAUCAAGCCUCCACAAAUGGGAAAUUCCCAGACAGCUCUUCCUCAGCAGUAAUAAGCUUGGUCUUCCAGAGGCCAUCUUAUGACUGAAAGAGAAUCCCCACUUCGACCAUGGAAAUAAUUUGUCAGCAAGGAAGAUUGCUCAAGCAGUUCAGAUUCAAUAUACAGAGCGAAAUAAGGGCAUCCUCAAGGCUAAGCUUGGAACGAGGAUUUUUCAGCAGGAAGUAAAGGAAAAGAAGUGAAAUUACUAUUUUGUAUAUGCGUUUUUACGUGCACAUAAGGAAUAUCUAUUUCCCCUUUCCUUCCACAAAAUCCUAAUUCCAAACAUAGCAAAGAGGGAGAAAAGUUGCUGAUGAUGUGGGGGCACAAGGGUUAUGGAGAUUUUAAUUUGAAGUGAAAUAUGGUUUUGAGCAGCAGCUACAGAGUUUGUUAUUCGUUGGAAUAAGAAUUGAAAUGAAAAGGGUACCUUUGAUUUCAGUUGCAGUGGUCACUAGUAGUUCUUUUAGUUGCUUUUUACUGGAUCAUUAUCGCCUCUAUGUAUUGAUGCAUUUGAAGUAAAUGCAAAGCCUGGGUACCAUUACGUAGGGAUUCUGUGAUGCAGAACUGGUUAUUUUACAGUCUUCUGAUGUAUCUAUCCUAAUUGUUUCAUUUCCUAA